CGUACAGAGAUCGUCGCGUGGAAGGAAGAAAUCCGAGGUGGAUGCGGAUCGCGCGUAUAUAGCACCGCUAAUUUAACUAACUAGGAUUAUUACACGGAGCGUGUGGAAUAAAACGCGGCAGUUUAUACGGAUCGUCGUCGUCGAAACGCUCGUCCGGCGUUCCACUUGCUUUUUUUCCGCCACGAUUAUAGAACAGACAACAACGUAGAGCUCGACGCGAUGCGUAAAACUUGGCGGUUCCAUCCGGAGAGAAACCAAUAAACGGCAGCUUAUUCUCUGAUUCAUAGAUUCUCUGUCUCUCGUUAAACUUAACUUUGUUUAUACGAUCAAUCGCGGCGCGUUUGCGAUCGUUCGCCUAAAUCGUUUUUAGCCCUAAUAUAUCUUGACGUGUCGGACCGAUCUCGCCGGGAAACGGCCGGUGGCAGUUUCCGGAGCACGGUGGUCGAGUUGACGGACGCGUUCUCGUCGACGUAGGCCGGGGCGUAGGAUGAAGGAGAGAGAGAGCAUGUGGUAUUAUAAUAUCACUUGAGUGGCUGGCGAUCGGACGCGAGGCGCCAAUUCGCAUUAACGAAACGACGGACCGCGGCUUACAUAAAUUCUCGCGCGAUUUUUUUCGUCUACUUUUAUACUCUUCUCUUUAUUCUCUCGCUAUUUACUUUUUUUUAACUCUCCUCUCUUCUCUUUUACCUUACGGCGAGAGGUUCCCGCGUACGCGUCGGAGGCUUUUACACGCUAUUUACACCGCGAUUACGAAGUCACGGACGUUUCGUUGACUGUUGUGAUCGCGAUCGAAGUCGCACUCGGCCUCGCUUAGCUCAAACGCGUCGGAAAACCCCGAGGGUGGGUCCAGCUUGGGGACGAACAGGUUUCCUGAUCCGUCACGCUCCUGAUGGUCCCGAUUGGCACAGGGAUUGCCCGACUGGUGCUUGGGAUGGCCAGGCCCGCUCGCUGGUGAGUCAGGGCUCAAAUUUGGCAUCUCAGAAGUAACCUGUGGUCGAGAUUAUUUGUUAAUUCGCAUUGUUUGUUGCACAUCUUGACGUUAUAUUCACCGUAGCUUGAAAACUUGAUUUUUGGUAAAAGGAAAUCAAAGAGGUACCAGUUGCCGCAUCUCUACACGCAUUAGUCUGAUAGCUUCUUCAUCUGGUCUGAGAAUAUCCGAAGCAAUGUCAUCAGAGAAACGUAAAAUCUCAAGUUCAACUGAUCAAGAUUCAGUGAGAAAGAAAAUACGCAUAAUGAAAGAAAAGCAACCCCCAAACACAUCGAAACGACCGGCAGCGGGAGAGGAAGACGAUGACGAUGAAUGGGAGAGUCAACGACAGUUUAAGAAGCUUGACGAACUAACGAAGAAGGAAAAGCAAGAUAUAUUGAAUAAGUAUGUGAAAACUAAGGUCUUUGUCGAAGCGUUGGAUGAAGCGACGCUCAAACGUUUGAUCCUUGUAUUCAAGAAGAGAGCUCUGAAGAAUAAGGAGAUGAAAGUCAAAUUUCCAGAUCAACCGGAGAAGUUUAUGGAAUCCGAAGUAGAACUGCACGAAACUCUGCAAGAGCUUCAAAUUGUAGCAACCAAUCCAACCAAUCUUGAUUUGUAUUGUAUGUUAAUGGUAAAGUUAGGCGCCGUACCUUCUUUACUAGAAUUGUUGUCUCAUAAAAAUACUGAUAUAGCAGUUGGUGUGGUAGAUUUUCUGCAGAAAUUUACUUACAAAGGUAUAUUACACAAAAUUCAGAAAGAAGGCGCGGAUACAUUUAUCAAUGCUUUGUUUGAGCAACAAGUUUGCGCUCUCCUAGUACAAAAUCUCGAGAGACUUGAUGAAACAGUGACUAAAGAGGACAACGGUGUUUAUAACACACUUGACAUUUUUGACGAACUACUGGUAUUUAGACCAGAUCUAUGUGCGGAUGCGGGAAAGCAGGGUCUGAUGAAAUGGUUGUUACGUCGAGUUAAAAUUAAAACAACACCUAUUGACCUGAACAAAUGUUACGCCUGUCAUCUCCUAUCUAUACUUUUGCGGCAUACGCCAGAAAAUAGACUUCUUUUAGGUGACUUGGAUGGAAUUGAUGUUUUACUACAACAAUUAGCUAGUCACGAUCCGCAGACUGCACAGGAACAUGAUUUAAAUGAGUGGUAUGAUGAGAUAAAUAAGAUGAAUGAAGCGAUAAUGGAAGAUUUGUUUAACGUUUUGUGCUCAAGCUUAAUGGCUACUGUAAAUCGAGAUAGAUUUCUGCGUGGCGAAGGCCUCCAACUUAUGAACUUAAUAUUACGAAAAAAAAAAAUGUCAUUGAAUGGAUCUCUCAAAGUUUUAGAUCACGCUUUGAAUGGCCCGGAUGGAAAAGAUAACUGCAGCAAAUUUGUAGAUAUUCUUGGAUUGCAAACUAUAUUUCCUCUGUUUAUGAAAACCCCAACAAAAAAUAGAAAAAGAAUGCUUACUGCAGAAGAGGAUGAAAAACACGUGAUUUCAAUCAUAGUAAGCUUGUUAAAGAACUGUAAAGGACAACAGCGUCAAACAUUACUUAGCUAUUUUACGGAGAAUGAUUAUGAGAAAGUGGAUAGAUUAAUGGAAUUACAUUUCAAGUAUCUUGAAAAGGUAGAAGAAAUGAAAAAGAAUGGGAAGGACGAAGACGAAGAAGAAUCGUACUUGAGAAGAUUAGACGGCGGGUUAUUUAUAUUACAGUUAGUAGAUUAUGUACUUUUAGAAGUUUGCACUGGUUGUCCGCCUGCAGUCACGCAACGAGUAAGGGAUCUCUUGGCGCAGAGAUCCCUUAACAAAAUUCGCCACAUCAUGAGAGAAUACGCCGAUAAUUUAGGAGAUGCCGGUGAUACAGAAUGGAAAGAAGCAGAGCAACGACGUAUCUUACAAUUAAUUGACAAAUUUUGAUAUGACUUUUCACAUAGAAGACAUUAAGGAUGUUAAGAAUUUAAAAAUCUAUUGCAAGAAGAUUUAAAUAAGAUACUGCAAUUGAUUGAGAAAAGUGAAAUUCUUGAAAUCAGCACUCAUCAGUUGUUUUCGUCACCACUUAUGACAGAUAAAUUUACGUUGGCUGGUAGUGAUUCAUAAAAUAAUAUGCAUAAUACGGGAUAAGGAUAUUUUUUUAUUUAAUUAAUAAACAUGGUUUUUUCUUUUCUAU